CACUGUACAUCGGAGAAUUCGGGAUUCUGUUAGUCAAGCAUUUCUUCUUCCUAAGUAAACUUGAAGUGACUACGAUUGUCCACCUAGGUAAUUCCACUCGUGGUUGAAGUUAGCUUUUUUCUAAGUGAAGUUUGUGGUGAUGGCUGCGGUUCAGUCUGAACCGAGUUUAGACUAUGUUUUAACGGCGGAUCCGCAAGAUUGCGUCCCAUCCAGCACAGCCAUGGACGAGCGGACCACUUUUCUGGACGAAGAAUGGGCAUCGCUUUUACAGGAUUCAUCAACCGCGCCUCUCGCAGACAUCGAUAUUUCUGCUUUCGCCAACCUUCCAACCGAUAUUUUAGAGGGCUUUCGCGACGAGACUGGCAUAGCGACGGACGGAACAGCGCUGGACGGAGCAGCGAUUGACGGAGCAGCCGUCGAUGUGGAACUAGGGGAGCGGCCUCUAAACAAACUGUUUCCGCUAAACACGGACGACGUGCUUUUUUGCGAUGAAGGUGGCAGUAUUCAUACAGCUGGCGGGCCGCAGCUUCUCGAUACCCCUCCUAGCGGCCGGUCCUCGCCCGAACCGCUGGUUUCCAUUAACCAUCUGGGUCUGCCGUAUUUGGUUCAGGGAGGUAGUCACGGCGCAGACGGUAGCAGCGACGGUGACUGUGGCAGUGGUGACUAUAGGAGCGGUGAUUGUGCGAUCGGUGGCUGUAAGGAAGGGAGCAGCAAUACCGGGAGUCCGUGGCAUCAGUCAAGUGCCAUGUCAGCACAUCCGUGCGCUGCUGCUCCCCUGUAUGCCGCUACCCCUCCGAUGGCUACAGGCGGGGGAUUAAAUACGGGCGGAUCAUUAACCGGGAUUCCGCCGCCUCAGCUUCCCGAGAGUAUGGUGAAGCAGGAAACGGUGUUCGCGCAGCAACAGCAGCUGGCAUCCCAACUCGCGAUGCAAAGUGCUCGAGCUCAGGCUUUGCCUUUCCCGGUGUCCGUAAGUUCGUGUUACCAACAGCAGCAGCAGCCGCAGCAACAGCAGCAGCAGCCGCAGCAGCAGCUGCAGUAUCGCUUGCAGAAGCAGCAGCAGCGGCGGCAGCAGCGGCAGCAGAAGCAAUUACAGAAGCAGCAGCAGCAGCAGCAAAAACAACAGCUGGAUACAGCGUUGUCUGGCUGUCAUCUAACUCCAUGCACGGGCCAGAAUCUCCCCUCCACUCUGCCUGGUUCCUUUCAGUUUCAGGCCGCACAGGAUGCUGCCACGUGUACGGCCGCAAACGUCGGCUUUUUUCCUGAAAACGCAAGUGUUGGAGCAGAAAAUGUUCAGAAGGAGUGUGAAAGCGGGGGGGCAGAGGCGCGAGGUUCGGUCGCCGGUGGUGGCAGUGGUGCGGCGGCGGCGGCGGAAGAUGCGGGCAGCGAGCCGAGCGAGGGGGAUGGGGACGAGGGGGGAGAGGGGAGGGACGCGGAGACGGAGAAGCGGGAAGCGCGGCUGAUUAGAAACCGGGAGAGCGCGCAGCUGUCGCGACAACGAAAGAAGUACUACAUGGACGAGCUGGAGGCGCAGAUCCGCACCAUGUCCGCGGCGGUGGCGGAGCUCAACUCCGCCGUCGCGCACCUCACCGCGGAGAACGUCAGCCUGCGCCGCCAGCUCGCCUUCUUCUACUCCUCCCCUGCCGCCGCUUCCGCCGCCGCCGCCGCCGCCGCAGCUGGAACAGGAGGUGCUGCAGGGUCCGCGGCUGCUUUAGGUUCGGGGAUGGCGGCGCCAGGGUCGGCACGAGGCCCGGGUAGACGCAGGAAGGGAGGUUCGGCGGCUGCGUCUGUAGCUCCUCCUACUGCAGGUUUGCCAGGCCUUGCCCCUCCGAUAUUGGGGCCGUUAGCUGGGAUUGGUAGCAUCGGCGGGCUAGGGUUACCACUAGGGGCGUUAGGGUUACGUGGCUUGUUCCCUCCCGCCCCGCCCGUUCCGAUCCCGAAGCUUAAGAAUGUGAGCCGGCCGGAAUCCGCUAAGAAGAAGAAAGGCGCGCCUGGGGGACGCGGCACACCAGGGGACGCUGGGGAGAAGGACAAGGGUAGGAAGAAGCAGAGGAAGGACGCCGAGGCAGCUGGACGGGAUGCAAGUGCUUCUGCUGCCAAUGCCUGUGUUACCACUGGUGGUUCUCCUGUUGCUGCUACUGCUACUGCAACUGCUACUGCUACUGCUACUGCUCCUAUCAGACCCCCGUCCCCAUCCCGUGCUGUCUCCGCCACCAAGGCACCGGCGCUCGCCCUCGCCAUGUUCGGAUUCCUCCUCAUCCUCUGCCCCUUCCUGCCGCCCAAUGACGGGCUCACGCGUGGCGUCGCCCCGUAUUCAGGCGGAUGGCAGAGCAGCGGUAUGGGCUGGCAGGGUAGCGGGGCCAGCAAUUGGGAUGCCGCCGGUAGAUGGAUGCAAUUGGGGGGGAGCUGGAGGGAAGGGUGGCGUUGGUGGGGCGGUGACGGGCAGAGGGGUGAAGGGACGGGAGGGGAAGGGCAGGGGGGAGAGUGGGGAGGAGAACUGGGAGGGGACGGGGGAUUGCGACAUGGUGGACGCGUGCUGCUGAGUGUGAAGGAGGAGGGUGGAGAGGGACAGACUGUGGACGGUGAGCAUUUAGGGCUGUGGUGGAACGCCAGGGAGAAUCGGAGCAUGAGUGGUUCAAUAGCGCAGCAGGGUCGCGCUGUGGAAUCCGUGGAUGGGAAGCCCUUGUGGAAUCUCAGGGUUGUGGCACCAGCGCGGGAGCUGCAUGCGCCUGACAGGGAGCAGCAGAGGUUCCCCUCCUUCGCAGCUGUGUCGCGAGGGCAGGUGCGCAACCACACAGCCGACAGGGCUUUAGCAGCAGACUCUCAAGCUGUGGGGACCGGUGCUCACAGUGGCGGCGCUGCUGUUUCUGGGGGAGAUGUCAGCCCAAGGGCCAGUGCUAGCAGCAGUGUUGGUAGGCGAUUGGGCGGGUCGGCAGCGAAGGCUCUUGUGCCAUGGCGCCAGUCUUCAGCUGCAAGCGUCCUCAGCAGCCGGGCAGCAGGCGGUGGGGGUGAUGGUGGGAAGGCUGCUGCAGGCUUGAGAGCUGGGGCUAGCAGUGGGCGAGUGGCGGGAGCGUUACCUGCAGCAGCAGCAGAAAUGGAGGGCUCGUUGUCGUGGGAUGAGCAACACUGGCAGCAGUGGCUGCUGCAGCAUAGCUCAGGCCCGUUGUUCCACUCUCAUGUGUGCACGGAGCUGUUCCGGUUCAACUCCGAGCCAACCCAGGCAGCACAGGAGGGAGCGCAGGAGGGGGAACAGGAGGAAGCAGGAGAGACCACACGUGAAGGGGGCAGCAGCAGGGGGCCCUCAGGUGGCUGUGCAGGCAGCAGGCACGCCAAUUCCAGCUCUACUGGUAGCAGCAGGCAUGGCGACACUGGAGGGUACAGCAAAGGUCCUGCAAGGCACAGCAACAUUGCCAUGAGCAGGCACAGCGGCAGCAGUGGUCCCACCGCCACCACCGCAGUUACCAGCAGCAGCAGCAGCAGCAGCAGUAGCAGCAGGAUUACUGAGGAAGCAAGCCAAGGCUCACCCCCUCCUGUGCCUGUGCCCGUGCUGUCUCGCCGCACGUUCCUGCGAAGGCGGUACCUGAGGGAGGUGCCGACUUCAAAGCAGGCCAUCCCUCUGCCAGAUGCGAACCAGGCCAUCCCCCUCAUGCCCCCCGCACAGGACACUGUCAGCUCUGCUACUAACCAGAACGUGAUCAGGUCUGGUGAGGGUCGGAAUGAGGGGGGCAGCGGUGAGGCCAGCACUGUGAGCGUUGAUGUGAGCGGCAGCUUGGAGCACAACUCUACUGCUCAUCUUACCAGUACUCGGACGCGGUCAGUCGCAGCUGCUGCUGCUGGGAGAGCAGCAGCAGGUGCAGCAGGCCCAGCAGGUUCAGCAGGUUCAGCAGGUUCAGGUGCAGGUGCAGGAGCCAGGGGAGGUGGUAGUGUGGGCUUGCGUCUCCCAUUGCCUGGGCAGCAGGGCGGGUUGGAAAAGUCUGCGCCAGUUGUUGUGUCGAUUCUGUCGGGUGUUGAUGCCAGCAGCCUGGGCGCGUUUGUUCAGAGUGGAACCCCCCGAGGGUUUGCAGGGGCAGAUGGGGUUGGGGGUUCUUCAGAGAGGGUGGGUAAAGGUGGGGCAGAGGAGGAGCUGAGGCAAGGGAUGGCGGGGAGUGUUGUGGUUAUGGUGACAAGUGGAGGGAAGAGCGUGGCUUAUGCUUGCGCCUUGCAUGCCUCUCAAGGGAGCAGUAAGGUCGGUGGGCUCGUCCAGGCACGAUCUGGUUAGGCUACUAAUCUGCUGGAGUCUCCCGAUUCAGGUUUUUUGGUUUAGGAUUUUUUGCUCACAGCUGACCAGACACUUGUGUCCACAAUUGUGUAGGCUUUGGGUUUGGGAUCAAAAUCAUGUAUUACCUAUGUUACCUGUGGCUAUUUAUCACGCAGGCGAGCUGGAAUCGAAAGGAUGCCUCGCUGUCAACAAGUUGGAACCUAGUGAAAGGAGUUGGAAC